AGAAGAAGAAGAGUAACAGCAACUUGAGUAAGAAGACGAGUAGAAGAAGAUUGUUUGUUAUGAAUGGAAUGUAAGCAGAGGAGACUCGAAUUGUAAUUGCACGGAAGCAACUGGAAAUAGUAUGUCAGAUCUACAAUAUCCUACACUGAAGAAUUGGGUCAUCCAAAUUGAUUCCAGGCUCCAAAACGUGAGUCGUCCAAUGGAAGAUGCAGUUUGGACCAGCCGCUCAAUUUACAGAUUACCGAAGCUCUAUGUCAAUCCCCGCCGCAGAGAGCUGUAAAAUCCUCAGGUGGUGUCUUUUGGGCCGUACCAUCACGGCGAACCCCACCUGAAACCGGUGGAAGCGCAUAAGGAAAGAGUUUUCUGUCGCUUUCUUCAAAGAGUAGGAAAAAGCACCAGUGAUUGUGUGGCUGCCGUGGGAGUGGUGGUUCAACAACUGAUGGACUCUUAUGAUCAGCUUGACGAAGGAUGGAAAGAGAGCGGGAGAUUCUUGCAACUGAUGAUCCUGGAUGGGUGUUUCGUGAUCGAGAUCUUCAGAAAUAUUAACCCCAAAUUCAGUGAUGAAUAUGCAUAUAAUGACCCGAUCUUCAGCAAACAUGCAAUGUUUUGCAAGCUGCCUCGAAUAAAGAGGGACAUGUUGAUGAUUGAAAACCAGCUUCCUCUUCUGCUGCUGAAGACGUUAGUAGCUUUUGAAACAGGAUCUCCCCAGAAAUAUGGUGCAACCAAACACACCCUUCAUGUGUUCUGGAGAUCAGGAGAACACGUACCAGGACACCAACUGCUCGGUUGCAUGACUAGAUUAGAUGAUCCUGACCAUCCAUUUCAGGCGGGGCCUAUAAAUAACAAGGGUCCAGUACUUUGAGAUUUUUACUAUGUCAUAUCCACAUUUAUGUGUGUAGCAACUUGAAUCAACAUAGAAGGUUUUCUUCUCAUAUGUGGAUGUUUUGGGCGCCGGAGGGAAA